AUGUGGUGCCCCAGACCUGCCCUGCGCCUCGGCGGUCAUCUUCCCCCUUUGCCGCCCCAGGAGCAUUCCCUGCCCUCUCGUGUUGGAGAAAAGCUGUUGAUUUCUGAGCUGGGUGAAUACGGACCAUGUGCGCCCCAAGGCCACCCUCCUCCAUGGGAUGACUCCGAAAAGCCUAUUCCUGUGCUCAUUGGGGAGCUGAUCUCCGUGGAGAUCUGGAAGCACAAGAUCUUUCCCGUGCUGUGCCGGCUGGAGGACUUCAAGCCAAGAAGCACCUUCCCCAUCUACGUGGUGCUGCAUCACGAAGCCUCCAUCAUUAACCUCUUGGAGACAGUGUUUUUUCACAAGGAGAUCUGCGAGUCAGCAGAGGACAGCAUUCUGGACUUAAUAGAUUAUUGCCACCGAAAACUGACGCUGCUCGCAGCUCGGAGCACCAAUGGACAGUCAGUGACCUCAGCAGAGUUUCGUCCCGAGGAUCUGGCCAGCCCCUUGUCCAUGCAGGAGCUGCAGAAGCAGGCGGAGACGAUGGAGUUUGAGAUUUCCCUGAAAGCCCUGUCCGUGCUGCGGUUCAUCACCGAUCAGGUGGAGAGGUAGGUGCCCAGCAGCAGCAGAGGACGAGCGCCGAGCUCUCCGACUGGGACUGCCCUUGUUUUGUCCCUUCUCGCUGUCUCCCCCUGGAGCUGCGUGUCGUUCUGUCCCUCAGGCAAGCUGAAGAAGUUUGAGAAUGGCACGUGGCACGUGGUGCCCCCUGAAGACCAGGUGAAGAUGACCAAACUCGAUGGUCAGGUGUGGCUUGCCCUCCUCAACCUCAUGCUCAGCCCCGAGUGCCAGCGCAAAUACCACUUCGAUGGUUUCAACAAGAGCCAGCUCCUCAAGCUCCGUGCAUUCCUGACAGACGUCCUCGUUGACCAGCUGCCCAACCUGGUGGAGAUGCAGAGAUUUCUGAGCCACCUUGCGGUGACAGAACCGGCUCCCCCAAAAAAGGAUCUUGUCCUGGAGCAGGUUCCCGUCAUCUGGGACCACGUCUUCAAGAAAAAUGCGGGGAAGUGGGAGGCCAUCGCCAAGCACCAGGUGAAGCAUGUCUUCAGCCCCACCGAGGAGGAGCUGGAGCUCCAGGCACGCAGGUGGGUGCAGACCUACAGCCUGGACAUGAUGGAGCCCCCAGAGCUGGGGGCCGCGUCCGCCUCCCUGUUGGGUGAUGCUUGGCCAUCCUCCAGCGCCUGGAGCAGCGCGGUGCUGGGGUUUGUCCUUGUCACUGCUUCGCUCCCAGGAUGGACGUGGUCCCGCUGUGUCCUGCUCGAGCUGUGGGUGCCCCGCCUUGCAGCAGAGCCCCGCAGCCUUCCCCUCCGCAGGGCGUGCCAGGUCCAGCACUGGCCGAAGCACAAGGCUGCCUGCAACCUGAUGGCCGGGGCGCCGAGGGGAGCGGAGGAUCCCGAAGAGAAGCAGUGA